GUCCACACUUUUAGCACCCAUUCCGUAAAUUGAAAGGAGAAUCCAUGCCUCAUGACAUCUGCACAUGAAAUGCACAAUGGAAUUAUCAGUUCCCAAUUGCAGAAAUGGCAUGAUUUUUUCUAAAACUUAUCUCAAGUUCCUUGCCAUGUGGAUGUAGGACACGUAGAUUUAUAUGUGUCAAUUUUCAGAAUCUAAAAUUUCCAUGGUGUACAGCACCAAAAAAGGGAUGACCUAUCCUGGAAUAUUCAUAUCAACUAAAACUUUUUUUUUAAUCGAUACCAGCGAUGAAUUGGAUGUAGAGAUUUGCAUGGUUAGUCAAACUGUGUGAAACAAAUUGUUGCCAUAGUUUUAGAGCAGUAUCAUGACCUUCACACUCGUAGUGGGGACACGGGAACACUUGGGCACCAAAAUCACAUUCGUUUGCUCAUAUUUAUUGAAAUAAUACAGCUGAUAUUGGCCUAUUGUUAUUGCUCAGCAAUCCAUUCUUGUGAUGCUGAUACCCCAUUGCUAGUUUAUCCGUGCAGAUACCGGUGAUUAAAGGUGAAAAUAGAAUGGUGACCUGUUGCUGUUUAGAUGACACCAGAUGAUAAUGCCCUUAUUACUUUAAAGAAAGGCAGCAAGCUUAUCAAGUAUAGUCGGAAGGGAAAACCCAAGAUCCGCGAGUUCAGACUUUCUAGUGACGAAACAGUAUUAGUUUGGUAUUCACACAGCAAGGAAAAGUGCCUCAAACUGUCUGCCGUGUCUAAAAUUAUACCUGGACAGAGAACUGCGGUUUUUAGGAGGUUUCUACGCCCUGAGAAGGAUUACCUAUCAUUUUCCCUGAUAUACAAGAACGGCCAACGCUCCCUUGAUCUGGUUUGCAAGGAUCAAACUGAAGUUGAAGUGUGGUUUUCAACACUUGAGACACUGAUUACUUCACGCCGUGCAAGUUUUUCCACUGAUUGCCCAAGUGAUAGAAUAUCAUUUUCCGACGAAGUGUCCCAAUAUCAAGUUGCGUAUGAUACAAGAUUAGAUACUGCCUCAAGUAACACCCGAAAUUUUAACUCAGCUGGUUAUGGCACAGCAUAUUCAUUGAAUUCUUCAAGAGCAGAUGUUGGAUCAGAUCGUGUCAAUAUGCUGAGAGUAAGUACGGGAGAUAGUAGUCGGAUUAGUAUUUCCAGCAGUGUCCCUAGUUCUUCCAGUCAAGGUUCCGGACCAGAUGAUAUAGAAUCACUUGGUGAUGUUUAUGUAUGGGGCGAGGUGUGGAUUGACGUGGUCCAGUCAGAAGGAUCCUCAAAUUUGGUGUGCUCCAAAGCAGAUGUUUUAAUUCCUAAACCUCUUGAAUCAGAUGUUGUUCUGGAUGUACAGCAGAUAUCAUGUGGUUCGAGGCACAUUGCUCUUACUACCAGACAAGGAGAAGUGUUCACUUGGGGUGAAGAGCUUGGUGGAAGGCUAGGCCAUGGAACUGACGAAGACAUUAGUCGUCCAAAACUUGUUGAAUCCUUAGCAGUGUCUAAUGUGGAAUAUAUUGCAUGUGGGGAGUUCCAUACUUGUGCAGUAACUGCCUCAGGUGAUUUAUACAAUUGGGGUGAUGGUUCUUACAAUGCUGGACUUCUAGGACAUGGCAUUGGAGCUAGCCAUUGGCUUCCAAAACGAGUCUCGGGACCUUUAGAAGGGCUUCAAGUGUUGUCUGUUGCAUGUGGCUCAUGGCAUUCAUUACUUGUCAUGUCAAGUGGAAAAGUAUUCACUUUUGGCGAUGGGACAUUUGGUGCUCUUGGACAUGGAAAUCGUGAAAAUGUUGCCUAUCCAAAAGAAGUUGAAUCUUUGAUCGGAUUUAAAGUGCUGAAAGUUGCCUGUGGCGUUUGGCAUUCCGCAGCAAUUGUGGAGACCAAUAGUCAGACGGGCAUGAAUGUGGUGUCCAGGAAACUGUUUACCUGGGGAGAUGGAGAUAAGAACCGCCUAGGUCACGGGGAUAAAGAGGCUCGGCUAGUUCCCACUGUUGUUCAAGCCCUUGUUGACAAUAAUUUCCAUCAGGUAGCCUGUGGGUAUAGUAUGACUGUUGCACUCGCCACGUCAGGCCAUGUCUUCACAAUGGGUAGCUCUAACUAUGGUCAGCUUGGGAAUCCAAAAGCUGAUGGUAAACAACCCUGCCAAGUACAAGACAAGUUGAAUAGUGAGUUGGUUGAAGAGAUCUCAUGUGGUUCUUACCAUGUUGCAGUCUUGACUUCAAGAAGCGAGGUAUAUACAUGGGGUAUGGGGGCCAAUGGAAGGCUGGGACAUGGUGGCAUUGAAGAUAAAAAGAAACCAACUAUUGUGGAUGCAUUAAAAGACCGUCAUGUUAAAAGUAUUGCAUGUGGUUCAAAUUUCACGACAUGCAUUUGCAUACAUAAGUGGGUUUCAGGUGCAGAUCAGUCCGUAUGCUCCGGCUGUAGGCAGCCAUUUGGUUUCACAAGAAAAAGGCACAAUUGUUACAAUUGCGGGCUUGUUCAUUGCCAUGCAUGUAGCUCAAGAAAGGUCCUCAAGGCUGCUUUGGCACCAACUCCUGGCAAACCACAUCGUGUAUGCGAUUCAUGUUUCAUGAAACUGAAAGCUGCAGAUGGCGGCGGCGGUGGUGGCGGUGGCGGUAAUAGUCCAUAUAACAAAAAGAGUGUCAUUACUCGCCGCUCUGUUGAUAUCAAAGAUAAGUCAGAGAGGCCAGACAUAAGGCCUUCAAGGCUAGCAACAGCAGCAACUGCAGAGCCAGUGAAAUAUGCUGAUGCAAAAUCAGCUAGAAACGAGAUAAAACCUGAGGCUGUGUCUAUGGCAAGGGCAACCCAAGCUCCUUCAAUGUCAGCUUUGGCAGUCCCAACUACUGUAAAGCCUAUGGGAAUGGGAAUGGGGGGAAUGGGGGGAAUGGGGGGAAUGGGUAUGGGCAUGGGAAUGGGUAUGGGUAUGGGAAUGGGAAUGAACAUGCCUAUGGCAAUGGCACCAAUGGGAAUGGGCAUGCCUGUGGUCUCACCAGCUCAGCCAAAGAAGCAAAGCCCAACUCCAGCAACCACAAGUACUCUUAGCAUUAAAAGUGUUGACUCCAAAAAUGAUAUUGACAACCUGAAGAAGACUAAUGAAACGCUGAAUCAAGAAAUGUCAAAGUUGCAGACUCAGGUUACUAAGUUAAAACAGAAAUGUGAAGUCCAAGAUGACCAACUGCAGAAAGCAGAAAAAAGAGCUAAAAGCUCUGCCUCCCUAGCCGCAGAAGAAUCUGCCAGGCGCAAUUCUAUGUUGGACUUUGUUAGGUUUCUUGACAGUGAGCUCAAGGGAAUUGCAGAUAAGGUGCCCACUGAAUUUACUGACAGCAUCAAAACCUUGCAAAGUCAAUCAGAGAGAUUUCUUACUGGGCAGUGUGGUCAUCCACCGGAGGGCAUUUCCGGACAUGAACAGGCUCGCCUCUCCAGUAGCGGGAUGCACGAAAUAACACACAACAGAUCCGCUAGCAUGGGUAACCUAGAUGGCAGUGGCUUUUCCCUGGCAAGCGAAUCUCCAUGCCAUCGAGUCAUGGAUGGCAACGGGAGGGCUCCAGGUGACUUUGCGCCAAAGUUUGGUACUCAUGGAGAAGUGCAGCUGAUUGAGCAAUUUGAGCCAGGAGUUUACGUCACGCUUAUCCAGCUGAGAGAUGGCACCAAAGUAUUCAAGCGUGUUCGGUUCAGCAAGAGGAGAUUUGCUGAGCAGCAAGCUGAGGAAUGGUGGAGGGAGAACCAAGAGAGGGUGUUCAGGAAAUACAACCAUGCACCCAACUAGGCUCCUCGCCUCGGCAUCAUCCGGCAUUUGUUAGUUUUGUUUUGGAUAUAAUGAAAGCCGUCAGCCAGGAGAUGAAUCGCAUAACGAGGCGCUGUUGCUGCUCGGGAUUCCUCAUCGUACAGGGAGUGUUGCCUCCUGUCUGCUGAAUGCUGAUGCUUAGUCUGAAGAUCCUGGCGACUCUUUUAUUCUUUUGACGUUCAUCUUUGUUGCUUGUUCGUUUUGCUUUGGAGAUAUGAUUAAUUCCAAUUCCUUUAGCCUAUUCGCUGGGAGACACUUGUUGCUUCUCAGCGAGGUAAAGUAGCUUGUAAUGAACAGUGUAAUUAUGUGGGCAAAUAUUCUUCAAGUAUGUAUAAAAAAAUGUAAGGUAAUAAGUCCGCAUUAUGCUCA